AUAACUGAUAAAAUUUUUGGUAAGUGUGAGUAGGAAUGGAAGGAGAGAGGAGCACAGAGAACCCCUGAGCGUGUGAUUUUGCGUGUUUCGAUACAUGGUUGCUUACUGCAAUUCAGCAAUUCCACUCCUUAUGCAACCCUCUCACUCCCACACCGCCAAAUUCCAAAGGUGUAGAUGGACGUUGAAGUCGGUAAUCAACCCAAGCAAGAGCGUUCAAGGACGAGAUGGACUGCAUCUCUUGACAAGAUAUUUGCAGAUUUGGUUGUCGAGCAGAUUCAACUCGGGAAUAGACCAAACAAUGUUUUUGACAAGAAAACAUGGAAUCACAUUCGUGAUGAAUUUAAUAAGCAAACAGAUCUCAACUUCAAUAAUAAUCAGUUGAGGAAGCAUCUAGAUGUUCUUCGGACACGCUUCUACAAUUUGAGAUCUGCAUAUGAUCAAAAUAAUGACUACGUGAUAGAUGAUUCCUGUUGCAUUGGCUUUGAACUAUGGGAUGACAUUGGGGAACAACCUAGGCCUGAAACAGUUAAAGUGAAAGAUUGUCCAAUAUACGAGCAACUCUGCACAAUAUUCACAGAUUCAGCUGCAGAUGGGAAAUAUGCCCAAUCUAGUCACUACCAAGAGUUCAACAAGUCUGUUGGGAUCGAUGCUGCCAGCUCAAUUUCAUGUCCGGAAGCUGGGGUUUCACAUUAUCGGAACCCAUCAUCAAUGAAGUCCUUACAAGGUAACACCUCAACUGCAGAGAAAGUAACAAAGAAUUCGUUAGAUAGGAAGAAGAAACGUCCAUCUCAGACGCUAAUUCCUAGUCUGGAUCAAGAUAGCUGCGAUGUUAUAGCAGAAGCCUUGCUAGAGAUGGUUGCUGCUUCAAGGUUAAGGACAAUUGUUCCAACUGAAAAUGAUGAUAAAUUCUCCAUAACUAACUGUAUUAGGGCUCUGGAUGAGAUACAAGGCAUUGAUCAACUUCUCUACUUUUCUGCAUUGGACCUUUUUGAAGACCCUAAUUUAAGGGAGACCUUCAUUUCUUUAAAAUGUGAUAAGAUACGUCUGACAUGGUUACAAGGGAAGUGUGGUAAGAGUGCCUUCCGUUAGAUUUAGGCCAGCUUUAGCUGUAUUUAAGCAUAUUAACAUUGUCCAUAUCUUGCGGAUAUGAUUCCAUUAUUAUUCUUUCCAAUGUGAUUAUAGCUAGCUAUUUAUACCUGACCUAUUGUGUUAAAUACUUACAUUUGCUUAUAAAUUAAUGCUUGAGCGUUGAAG